AAAGAAAUAGAAAAACUGUAACCCUAACCCUAAAUUGCACAUAUAUAAAUUCCACACAAAAGUGUUCAGAGCUCCUUAUUGCUUCUACAGAGGUUGAAGUGGCUUUCAUUACUCACCUCCUCGCACCUCUCAUCUUCAGAAAACGGAGCGAUAAUGGCAUAUGCAGUGAUGAAGCCGAGGAAGCCAGGGUUGGAGGAGUCCCAGGAGCAGAUUCACAAGAUCAGGAUCACUCUUGAGUCAGCUUACAAUGUGAUUGCUCAUGAAAGGUCUCUUUUUGAUUUGUGUGCGGAUUUGGUUCAUGGAGCCAAGGAUAAGAGGCUGAGGGUGAAGGGACCUGCCAGGAUGCCCACCAAGGUUCUUCACAUCACUACUAGGAUGCCCCCUUGUGGCGAAGGAACCAACACAUGGGACAGAUUUGAGCUCCGUGUCCACAAACGAGUUAUUGAUCUCUUCAGCUCCCCAUAUGUGGUUAAGCAGAUCACCUCUAUCACUAUUGAACCUGAUGUCGAGGUUGAGGUUACAAUUGCUGAUUCUUAA